CCGGGCGCAGGCGUUCUAGUCUCUCUUCCCUCCUGCUUCCUCAACUCAGCAGCUUGGCGGGGCUUGGGUGGGUCUGGACGGUGGCGGCACUGGCGGUGGCGACAGUGACAGUGACUGCGUGAGACUCGGCUGGAAAUGGUGAUGGCAAUGUCGGACAGUGGGGCGAGUCGCCUGCGGCGGCAGCUAGAGUCAGGGGGCUUUGAGGCGCGGUUGUACGUGAAGCAGCUCUCUCAGCAGUCAGACGGGGACCGGGACCUGCAGGAGCACCGGCAGCGCAUCCAGGCGUUGGCGGAGGAGACGGCACAGAAUCUGAAGCGCAACGUCUACCAGAACUACCGGCAGUUCAUAGAGACUGCCCGCGAGAUCUCUUACCUUGAGAGCGAGAUGUAUCAGCUGAGCCAUCUGCUGACGGAGCAGAAGAGCAGCCUAGAGAGCAUCCCGCUUACUCUGCUGCCGGCAGCUGCCGCCGCCGCCGGAGCUGCCGCAGCCUCUGGAGGGGAGGAAGGAGGAGGUGGUGCGGGGGGCCGAGACCAUCUCCGGGGCCAGACCGGUUUUUUCCCCAUCCCGGGGGCUGCCUCCCGCGACAGUUCCGGUCCGGGCGAGGAGGGAAAGCAGCGCACUCUUACCACCCUACUUGAGAAGGUGGAAGGCUGCAGGCACCUGCUGGAGACCCCGGGACAGUACCUAGUGUACAACGGGGACCUGGUGGAAUAUGAGGCGGACCACAUGGCCCAACUGCAGCGGGUGCACGGCUUCCUCAUGAACGACUGUUUGCUGGUAGCCACUUGGCUGCCGCAGCGGCGGGGGAUGUAUCGCUACAAUGCUCUUUAUCCUCUGGAUGGUUUGGCCGUAGUCAAUGUCAAGGACAACCCGCCCAUGAAGGACAUGUUCAAGCUGCUAAUGUUCCCCGAGAGCCGUAUUUUUCAGGCGGAAAAUGCUAAAAUCAAGCGAGAGUGGCUGGAAGUGCUGGAGGAAACCAAGAGGGCCCUCAGUGAAAAAAGGCGAAGGGAGCAGGAGGAAGCAGCGGCCCCUCGAGGGCCACCGCAGAUGCCUUGCAAGGCUAGUAAUCCAUUUGAGGAGGAAGAAGAUGACGAACCAGCUGUUCCUGAGGUAGAAGAAGAGAAGGUAGACCUCUCAAUGGAAUGGAUCCAGGAGUUACCUGAAGACCUGGAUGUCUGUAUUGCCCAGAGAGACUUUGAAGGGGCCGUAGACCUGCUGGAUAAGUUGAAUCAUUAUCUAGAGGAUAAGCCCAGCCCACCUCCGGUAAAAGAGCUAAGGGCCAAAGUGGAUGAGCGUGUCCGACAGCUCACUGAAGUGCUAGUUUUUGAACUCUCCCCAGAUCGGUCCCUGAGAGGUGGUCCCAAGGCUACCCGCAGGGCAGUUUCUCAACUAAUCCGUCUUGGCCAGUGCACGAAGGCUUGUGAGCUGUUUUUGAGAAACAGGGCAGCAGCUGUGCAUACUGCAAUAAGGCAGCUUCGCAUUGAAGGUGCCACUUUGCUUUACAUUCAUAAGCUCUGCCAUGUCUUCUUUACCAGCCUUCUUGAGACUGCCAGGGAAUUUGAGACAGAUUUUGCAGGUACUGACAGUGGAUGCUAUUCUGCCUUUGUGGUCUGGGCAAGGUCAGCUAUGGGCAUGUUUGUGGAUGCUUUUAGCAAGCAAGUUUUUGACAGUAAGGAGAGCCUCUCUACCGCUGCGGAAUGCGUAAAGGUGGCAAAAGAGCAUUGUCAGCAACUGGGUGAUAUUGGACUAGACCUCACUUUCAUCAUCCAUGCUCUGCUGGUGAAAGACAUACAAGGAGCUUUGCACAGUUACAAAGAGAUCAUUAUUGAAGCCACAAAACAUCGCAACUCUGAGGAGAUGUGGAGGAGGAUGAACUUGAUGACUCCAGAGGCCUUGGGUAAACUCAAAGAGGAGAUGAAGAGUUGUGGGGUGAGUAACUUUGAGCAGUAUACAGGGGAUGACUGUUGGGUGAACCUAAGUUAUACAGUGGUUGCUUUCACCAAACAGACUAUGGGCUUCUUGGAAGAGGCACUGAAGUUGUAUUUCCCCGAGCUGCACAUGGUACUUUUGGAGAGCCUAGUGGAAAUCAUUUUGGUUGCUGUUCAACAUGUGGAUUACAGUCUUCGGUGUGAGCAGGAUCCAGAGAAGAAGGCUUUUAUCAGACAAAAUGCAUCCUUCCUGUAUGAAACAGUCCUCCCUGUAGUGGAAAAAAGGUUUGAAGAAGGUGUGGGGAAACCAGCAAAGCAACUUCAGGACCUGAGAAAUGCAUCGAGACUUAUUCGUGUGAAUCCGGAAAGUACAACGUCAGUGGUCUGAUGCUUGGACCUGUUGAUAUGUAUACUUAUGUAUUGCUCAUAUAUUAUUUAUAUUUAUAUUCGGUUGCAUUAGCAUAUUCUUCAUAGGCUCAAGCACAACUUUAAAAUAAAAGAUGCCCAUUCAGAAAUGCAAAGUCAAAAGAGAAAAAAGUAUUAUGUUAAACUCAAAUAACAAAAACAUUGAAAUUAUUAAAACGUAAUAUGCUUCCCUUUUAAAUUAUGCCAACUCUAAUAACUAUAUUGUCACAACAUAGCAUUUCAGCUUAUCUGUUGAGUCAAAACUCACUUUCUCACUGUAUACAUUUUGCAGCACAGUAAUAUUAGUAUCUGUAAAAACAUAGUCUUACGUUCACAGUGGUAUGAAGUUUCCUGACUCACUAAAUCAUUAAGUAUUUAAAUGUUUCAUGGCCAUAUGAAACACCCUGCCGCAUACACUUGCCCACCUUAAAACAUAAUGGAAUAAUUUAGGAAGAGAAGAGGGUUAGGAAAAUUGACUUCUGGGUAAAUUUUGGUGAAAAGCAUUCCUGUUUGAAACUAGCUACAGUGUGCACACCCAAAUAUUCUAUCCCUAUACAAGAGGAAGCAACAGUUUUGCAAAUGUUUCCCACAUAGUUUGAAUGGCCAAGUUUCACUGGCUAAUUAAGCAACUUUAUGAUAUUUGAUUUAGAACAUUUACCUAAACCUUAAGGAUUAUGAUAAUUGUUUAGAUUCUCUACCAUUUUCAGUGUAGAUUAUUUAGCAACCUAGACUUCCUGCAGUGAGAGAACGGUUUUCUUUAAAAUACAUUUUAGAUUUCAGGUUCUGGCUGAAUGUUCUCAAGUAUGGUUGUUUUGAGCACAGAUAAAGAAGAGGAAGUUUAGAUGUACCCAAAACUAAGGGAGGAAAAGAGCCUUUGGUGACUCUUAGUAAAUGCUUCAUUUAAUUGCUUCAUUUAAUUCACUGUUUUUAUUUUCCUUUCUUUGUUUUUAAAAGUGACUAUGUGCUUACUUCAGAUUGUUUAUUAAAACAAAAAUUACUAAAGAAAUUUGAGCUUUCCCAGGCUUCUAAACUAUUGCUUCUAUUGUAUAUUAAUAUUAAUAUAACAUUCCACUAAGAAAAAUUGUCUUAGCUAAGACCCAUUUUUCCUGUAGCUUCUAGUUGUGAUUUUUGUCCAUAAGUGCCAUUUCUAAUGCAAUGACUUCAAAAGAUCAUUUAUUUGAAUAAAAGUAGUGGUGUUAAGACUGUGGAAAUUAUGUAAAAUCUAAAGUAGCUUCCAAGUACUGGCUUAUGGUUGUAAAGCUCCAUGAAUUAAUUAUAUGCCAGGUAAGCCCUUAUUUUAAGCUAUGCAUAUUUAGAAGAUUGAAAAUUAUUGAAGUUACAGAUUUCUUUGACUAAUUUUUUCACACUUCAGGAUUUUUCUAGAUAACAACCAUAACUGGAUAUCUCUGCUAAUCAAAAACAGUUAUAAUUUGUCUUUUUUAAGAUCACUGGAAACUUGAAUUUUGAUAAAAUUUUGUGAUUAUUUUGUGCCUCUUGUAGUUUCUAAAAUUACAUUGUAUUUGAAACAGGUAUUGUGUAUAUAUUUGAUGCUGGGUCCAUGAAAUGAUACUUCCAAAAUCAAAGCUUUUAAGGCAUGAAAUUGUACAAACUUAAAUGUGUAUACUCAGAUAGUUAAAUGGUAGCUUCUUCAUAGUACUAUUUGCUUUUGGAAAUUGGAAGUACAGAAUUUUGUUCUGUUAAAAUUUGUGUGGCCCUUAGUCAAAGUUGUCGCUGAAGGAUAUGCUUUUGAUGAAUCAAUUAGUAUGCCGAAUUGAUUAACAACCACCUAAGUUAUUAAUGUACCUCUAUGCCAAGACAGAGCAGUUACGUUGCCUUCCUUAAAGUGGAGUUGGAGCACUUCUCUAAUUCUUGUUUAUUUAGAUUCCAAGUUCUAAAACUUGAAUGCAGUUAGAAAUUGUCCAAAAAUAUAGUAUAUAUGCUAAUAUACCACUUAAGAGUUGAUUGCCUUUUCUUGUUUGCUUGAAACAUAACACUGUCACUUGAGCUUGGAAUCACAGACUUGAUUGAAUUAAUCACUGUUGUAAAAAGAUACCCUGUGGAAUUACGUCUCUUUUUGAUUAAAGUCUCAUUUUAUGUAAGUGCUGAAAACUCAUUUUUAUUUAAAAUACUAUCUGUCUUUAAAUUAUCAGCAGUUUUAUUUUGCAACUUGCUUACUAGGAUUGGGAAGUUGGCACUUGACAUGUGUAUAAAACCAGUAUAUGUUCAUUUCUCUUAUUGUUCUACUGUGAUAUGAGGGAUCUGAAAUGUUUUAUCAAUAAAGCUUAAAACUUUUUUUUAC